AUGUCUUCCACCGCCUCGUUGGACAGCAAGUCGACGGCCGGCUCGAGCCUGUCUGGUGAAAAGCGUAAGGUCGAUCCGAAUGUGUUGGCUGCUAUCAGGCGCGCCUCACCACCCAAGCCCAAGAUCUUGUUGCCGUUGCUGCGCCUGCUGCUGUUCCAGGUCUACUUUCUGCCCACGUCUUUCAUCACGAUUCCGCUCUACAUGAUUCGUUGCCUUCUGCCCCGGUUCCGGCUGAACCGCAACUGGAGCUACGCCUCGGCGGUCUACAUCAUGGUGGUGCGACGUGUGAUGCGCAACCUCAUUCGCUUCGGCGUUCAACCCAUCGCGCCGCGCAAGGACGGGCUGCGCGACCGCAACACGUUUAUCGCUACUGUGGUAGCGUGUUUGAAUCUCUCGGGGCCCGGUGGCUCAGUGGUGCUGGCCAAAGACAAUAUCAAGGCGCUCAAGCUCAACGCUACGCACGGUCGACCGGACAAGGUGUGGAUUCCGCCUGCUGGCCCGGAAUACCUGGAUGGCAUCCUCGCCGUCAAGACGGGGCCCAAUGACCGACGCAAGAUCGUCACGGACGCCUAUACAGGACCGCCGCUGCUGGAUGCCAAGUGGCUCAAAUGGAGCGUUCGUGCGCUCUGGUUCACGCACAAGCCUCACAUUGUGCCCUCGCAGCCUCGUUCUGCGACUAAGCCCAGCCGACCCGUCAUCUGCUACUUCCACGGAGGCGCCGGUGUCACUUUCAACGCCGGAGACUUACACAUGGGUCAGAACCUGGCCAAGACAUUUGCUCGCACAGCAGGCAUCGACGUGUUUUCGGUCGACUACAACCUGGCGCCGUUUGCUCCAGCGCCUGUGCAGCUGUACCAGGCCGUGUCGGCGUAUCUGUACCUGGUCAACGAGCUCGGCUACUCUCCCAAGCAGAUCUAUAUCGGCGGCGACAGCCACGGCGCGUGGAUAACGCUGCAACUCGAGCGCUACCUGCGUUCGUACAAGCACAUCUUGUUCGACGACGCCGAUUCGUUCCAGAUCGCAGGACUGGUGCUGCUGUCGCCGUGGUUGGCACCGCAAGACUUGUCGUUCAAGAGCCGCGAGCGCAACGUAGGACAGGACAUCAUCGACCUUUCCUACGAAACGUGGGGCGUGGCGGCACAGGCCCUGCACAAGCUUCCAUUCCCUCUUUCGGAUGCGUGGAGCACGCCCGCGAACAAGAGCGUGGCCGAGCUGGCCGCGAUGCCACCGUGCUUCAUUGCCAACGGAGGAUGCGAGACACUGGUCGACGAGGGCACUUUCUUUGCCAAUCAACUGCGCAAGGCCAAGGGCCUGCCCACAUCGACGUCGAGCGAACGAAUCAUUCUGAGCCCAGGUGAGCUCAACUGCAAGGUGGUGCACCACGUGUACCCCCAUGAGGUCCAUGAUUUUUUUACUGUCGAUACCGAGAUCUCCAAGGCUGUCAAGGUGUACAGGCAGAUUGGCACUUGGGUCAAAUUCACCCAGACGCUCGUCUGA